AUGAAACCAAAGAUAUACGACAAAAAGGGAGGCAAACCAACAAAUGGUGCCAAAUCCAAGAAGAAAUGGGUCCCACAAAACAAACAGUUUGAGGGCAGCGUCGGAGAAGGUCAAGGAUUCGCUUUUAGGAGGAAGCAGAAAGCCAAGUAUGAGUACGUUAAGCUGCUGCGGAAAGAGAAGAAGAAAAAUGCGGUGUCUACAAAUAUGUAUAAAGACGAGUAUCCAGAGCAUCUCAAGCAUCUUUAUUUAGCCGAGAAAGAGAAACUCAAACAGGAGGCUUGGACAAACAGAAUGAACAGGAGCAAACUGAGAAUGAAAGACAAAAUGGAAAACCCGUGUGAAGUUGAUACAGCGAUUGUAAAUGAAGAAAUCCCAAGUACAUCUGAGGAAGCCAAACCUACGCCUGACACAGUCCAACCUGAGCCCAGGGAAGAGGACACGCAGCCAAGCCUCCCGGUGAGCAACAGGAUGAGAAAGAAAAUGCUCAAGAAAACAUCAUAUCAGAAAACACAAGAAGAGUUUGAAAGAAUCCAAGACAAUCGGAAAAGGAAACAGGAGGAGUUCCUAAAGAACAAACAUCAGCGAGAGGAAGCUAUUCAGAAGUACAAACAGAAAAAGAUGGAGACAUAUCAGAUGCUCUCCAAAAAGACAAAGAAAGGACAGCCCAAUCUUAACCUCCAGAUGGAAUAUUUAUUGCAGAAAAUUCAAAGCACUGACAAAUGA